AACAACAUUGUGUAAUGUACGUAAACAUGUAAACACCGAGCUGAUGUUCUGAGGCUGGAACAACAUAGAGGGGACAAACAACGUUCGGCACUGGCUUUGAAUGGGAGAAUAUUGGACUUUCCAAGCUUCUCGUAAUGCAGGAUUGUCCAGUAAGAAAAACCUGGGCGGUGGUGAACCUAGAACAGCAGUUCAAGGGGGAGGGGGCGAGCCAGACAGAGUGUGAGACCCCAGGCUCAAGUAAAUUAAUAAAAGCAAGGCUUCAGUUACAUAGAACAGGACAAAGGGUGCCGACAGUUUACUCGUUAUUAACAGAGAGCCCAGAGAUAGUUGUGCAUUCGAGUCAUCACAUUCCAGCCCCUUGGAUUCACAACUGUGAUAAAUGGAGGUGUCCCCAAACCUCAGCAAUCAGCUCUUGAGAUUAAAAUCAGAAACUCUCGAUGCUGCAUGCCUACUAGGACAGGGCCAAACGCAGGAACAACACUGCAGCGGGACUUCAUUAGGAGAUGAGGGGGCGACAACUGGGAUGUGCCACAUUAAAGAAGAACCUCCAGACGACUCUUCAGAUGAACAUUCGACCAUAGAAGUGAAAACAGAGCCUUACAACACUGCAAUUUUGGUGCAGUGGGACCAAAUGGGACACAGCCAUCACUCAACAUCGGAAGACGCAACAGCAAGCACUCGCAUUCUGCAUGGUAAGGGUGAGCCUACAGACACCUGUGAUCCAGCAUUGUCAGCUAGCCUGAAGCAUCCUGUCGAGACGGAAGAUCAGGUGAGAGAGAAGGGGCACGAGUGCGACCUCAGUCCAGCUACAUUCUCCCGGCACGUGAGGGCCAAGAACCACAUGCAGAAGCAAACUGACAAGAUACUGUACAAGUGCGAUCUCUGCCCUGCAGAGUUCAUUGGGAGCACGUACCUGCAGUGUCACAGGAAGACGCACAGGCCGAGAAGCUGUGAUCUCUGUCCUGCACAGUUCACCCAGAGCACACACCUGCAGCGCCGCAAGAAGAUACACACAUGUGUGAGGCCCCACAAGUGCAAUCUCUGUCCCUCUGAGUUCACCCGGCUGCACCACCUGAAGGAUCACAUACGGAUUCACACUGGUGAGAAACCAUACAAGUGCGAUCUCUGUCCUGCAGAGUUCAUCCAGCUCAUGCACCUGCAAUGUCACAAGCGGACACACACGGGCGAGAAGCCAUACAAGUGCGAUCUCUGUCCUGCAGAGUUCAGCCACAGCACUCAUCUGCGGUGUCACAAGCGGAUACACACUGGAGAGAGGCCAUACAAGUGUGAACUCUGUCCUGCAGAGUUCACCCGCAGCACAUACCUGCAGCGUCACAAGAAGGCACACUUGGUCGAGAAGAAGUACAAGUGUGAUUGCUGUCCUUCAAAGUUCAGCCAUAGGACGAGCCUGUGCCGUCACAAGAAGACACACAUGGGCAAGAAGCCAUACAAGUGUGAUAUCUGUUUCUCUGAAUUCACCCAGUUCCACCACCUGAAGGAUCACAUACAGUUUCAUACUGGUGAGAAGCCAUUGAUGCAAGUGUGAUCUCUGUCCUGCAGCAUUCAGCCACAGCACUCACCUGUGGCCUCACAAGCAGACACAUACGUAAGAAACCAUAUCUGUGAGCUCUGUCACAGGCACACAAGGGUGAGAAGCCAUACAAGUGUAACCUCUGUCCCAUGGAGUACAGACCAUGGGCAUUCCCAGGAUUUUCUCCAAGGUGGGGCAAAGUGCUUCCACGGGGGGGGGGGGGGGGG